UUAGCAGAAAUACGGUGAAAUAGAAGUGCAAGUUGUGGAAAAUAAUGGAAACAUUCUUAUUAAAUACGGCGGCUUGCAAGAAUCAGAGACAAAUAAUUGGUGAAUAAAACCGCUUAAAAACCAGAUAUUUGACACCCACUUUUCAAAGAUUAGCUGAAGACCAAAUCAAACUCUCUCUCUCUCUCUCCCUCUCUCCAAGUCCCACGUUUCAUUUUUUCUGAAUUCUGCUGUUAAGAUCAUACAAGGGUCAGAGGAAGAGCAAAGCUUAGAAGAUGGGAUCAGGUGAAUGGUGCCUUCAGGAAAGAGAUAGUAUUAGGAGUGACUCGAUUUCAAGCAAUGAGAAUGUGUCAGAAACUGGGUGCCUCUCAAUUAUUGUUCUUGGUGCCUCUGGUGAUCUUGCCAAGAAGAAGACUUUCCCUGCUCUCUUUCAUCUUUAUUGCCAGGGAUUUCUACCACCACAUGAGGUGCACAUAUUUGGCUAUGCAAGGACUAAGAUUUCAGGUGAUGGUUUGAGAAAUCGCAUUCAUGGAUAUCUUGCCAGUGACAGAAAUGCUUCACCCUCAGAAGAUGUAUCGAAGUUCUUACAGCUGAUCCAAUAUGUAAGUGGGUCGUAUGAUGCUGCUGAGGGCUUUCAACUGUUAGACAAGGAAAUUGCAAAGCAUGAAAUAUCAAAAAGUAGCCAAGAAGGGUCAUCUCGGAGACUCUUUUAUCUUGCACUUCCACCAUCAGUUUAUCCAUCUGUUUGCAGGAUGAUCAGGAAAUAUUGCAUGAAUAAAUCUGAUCUUGGUGGAUGGACUCGGAUUGUUGUUGAGAAACCAUUUGGCAAAGAUUUGGACUCUGCAGAGCAACUGAGUUCCCAUAUUGGAGAGUUGUUUGAUGAACCACAAAUUUACCGUAUUGAUCACUAUUUGGGAAAGGAAUUGGUCCAGAACCUGCUGGUACUUCGUUUUGCUAAUCGCUUCUUCUUGCCCCUUUGGAAUCGCGACAACAUCAAUAAUGUACAGAUUGUAUUCAGAGAGGAUUUUGGAACUGAAGGUCGUGGUGGAUAUUUUGACGAAUAUGGAAUUAUUCGCGAUAUUAUCCAAAACCACUUAUUACAGGUUCUUUGUCUUGUUGCUAUGGAGAGACCUGUCUCUCUCAAACCUGAGCACAUUCGUGAUGAGAAAGUGAAGGUUCUUCAAUCGGUACUUCCAAUUAAAGAUGAAGAUGUUGUACUUGGACAAUAUGAAGGUUACAGAGAUGAUCCAACAGUUCCUGAUCAUUCAAACACCCCAACAUUUGCAACUGUUAUUCUCCAUAUACAUAAUGAAAGAUGGGAAGGUGUUCCAUUUAUACUAAAGGCAGGAAAAGCAUUGAAUUCAAGAAAGGCAGAGAUACGUGUUCAAUUUAAGGAUGUUCCUGGUGAUAUAUUCAAAUGUAAAAAGCAAGGGAGAAAUGAGUUCGUCAUACGCCUGCAACCUUCUGAAGCCAUGUACAUGAAGCUAACAGUGAAGCAGCCUGGUCUGGAGAUGUCAACAGUGCAAAGUGAACUAGACUUGUCAUACAGGCAACGCUAUCAAGGUGUUACGAUCCCAGAGGCUUAUGAACGUCUUAUUCUUGACACGAUAAGAGGGGACCAGCAGCAUUUUGUUCGCAGAGAUGAGUUAAAGGCGGCAUGGGAGAUUUUCACGCCUCUUCUACACAGAAUUGACAACGGUGAAAUGAAGCCAAUACCAUACCAACCAGGCAGCCGUGGUCCUGCAGAAGCAGAUGAGCUUUCAGCUAAAGCUGGUUAUGUUCAAACACAUGGAUACAUUUGGAUUCCUCCCACCUUGUAGAAACUUGCUAGCUUGCGGCAUUCCAUCACCAUCUGACAUAUGAGUUUGAGGUUUCGUUAGGCCCGGUUUAUAACACGUCCAAUAAAAUGUAGCCAUGCAACCCUAAGUUAUCCGGGCUUGCAGAUUAUGGUGUGUCACAAAUUAUGCUAAUCCUUACAGCUUGUUACCCUGCCUAUUCGAAGAAUGUACCUUAUUUUGGGUGUAGAAUAUGAUUCAAUAUCCCAUUAAAUCAUAUUUGGAACACUUCAUGAAGGGCCUUUCCUUGUCAUGGUAGAAGAAGAUUUUGUUUCUGUUUUUCUGUAUGGCAUCAGGUUGGCUUGACCCUGGAAUAAAACUCUUCCAAUCCUGUUUACUUGAGCCAUCUUUCAAAUGACAAUUCAUUUGGGAGGCCAUUAAGGGUUUUUAUUAUACGAUUGUGAUGCUAAUCAUAUUGAAUUUUUUUUAAUGACUAAUGACGAAUUCAAAUGAACUCUAAAUUAUGAUUGUCGAGCCAACCUUAACCAAAAUGGGUUUAUUGAUAUAAGAACAG